AUGCUUCUCCGCUCCCUUCCCGGUGCUGCUCGUGCCUCAACAGGUACCUCGAAAGCAUGCACGCGAAUUGCCUCCUGCUCGACUCGAAACUUCCAAUCCUCGGCACGGUCUUUGGCUCCGAUUUUUGCUGCCGCUCAACAGCCUCCCAUGACCAGCCAUUCGCAAAGCCGAACCGCUCACGCCAUCUCCAACCCUACACUUGCCGGGAUCGAGAAGAGAUGGGAAGGAUUGCCCCCACAGGAACAGGCUGAGCUGUGGAUGCAGCUGAGAGAUCGUAUGAAGGUUGAUUGGCAUGAAUUAACUUUGCAAGAAAAGAAAGCCGCAUGGUGGAUUGCAUUUGGACCUCAUGGCCCUCGCGCAGAGACGCCACCGGGCGAAUGGACAAAAGUUUGGCUAUACACCGCAGCUGGUGUCGGAAUAUCCGCAGUCCUUUUCCUCCUCCUUCAAACAAGUGCCAGACCGCCACCACGCACCAUGACUAAAGAGUGGCAGGAAGCGACCAACGAAUAUCUCAAGUCCGAGAAGAGCAACCCCAUCUACGGUAUCAGCAGUGAAGGAUAUCAAGGAAAGGGCCACGUUCAGAGCAAGUCGGCCAAGGCUCAGGGCAUCAAGCUGGAGCCGGAUGAGUAA